AUAUCAUCGUUUCUAUCUAAAUUCAUCUAAUUCAUGUAUACAUAGAUACUGAAUUCCAAACGUAAAUUCCUUAUUGUAAAAAUAAUUCAGAAGAAGGGGUCUUGUGUAACAAUUCGUGGUAUCACGCAACGGUGAAUGAAAAUUAUUUUGUCAGUGACUUUCAAUUUCAUCAAAACACUCCUUGAUUGAUAUUGGAUCGAUGUGAGAUUGAGUGAUACCAAAUAAACGAUUUUUAUUAAAUAAAUACAAUGAAAAAGAUCAACUGUAUAAUCUUUUGUCUAUUUAUAAUAAUCGGUUUCGUAUCAUCUUCAAUACCAAUUAUUAAUUAUCAUGCUAAUUAUUACCAAGACAUAUUUGAUCCCUCAGUCAGUCUCACACUAAACAUUCCAAAACUUUCGUUGUUAAAUUUUGAUAUUUUCGAUUCAUCAAACGUAAAAGGUCCUCCUGCGUAUCCCUUAUUCAUUCCAAAUAAAAUAAAUCAACGACCCGAAACAAUGGGACAAAUUGAAGAAUACAAUAAAGCUCUUGCAGAAGAAGAGAAAGAACGACAAGAAAAUGAAUUAGUAUUUCCCGAACAAAAAAAAAUCGAUAGAAUUCCACAAUCUAAAUAUUACGUAAAAGUCCGUGGACCUGAAUAUCAUUAUAAAUAUAAUUUAUAAUAAAUAAAAAAAACUAGAAAUUUA